AAAUGACGGCUUCUUUGUACGCGCGAAAACUGUCGACGCUUUGAAAUCUCGCUCAUAAUUGACAAUUAUUAACAAUUUUCGUAUUGAAAGUAGUCCGUAAAAAGCAGAAGUUCUAAAAAGUAAAUGUUGAAUAAGUUGCAAAUGAGAUAUCAUAAUGUCUACGUCAUCCAGACAAAUGCUAACUAUUGGCGAAAAUCUACUUGCCAAAUUGACAAAUGAAGCACCCGAGAUUCGCAUGCGUGCCUUAGAGCAAGUCGAAACACGUUUCAUGCGCGGUCUGCAGCAUGAUGAGCAACUCAAUUUGAAUCCAAUUGUGUUCACAAAGCAGCUUAUCGGAUGGUUUAAUUUCAAGCCACCAAUGGCCACAGAUCGUGUGCUUUCGCUGAUGCUAGAAUUGCUGCGUUCGGAUUAUGGUGAUGGGAUUAUGCCAAGUAUACCGGUCAAGCGUCUGCGAGAAGAAAUGUCCAAGAUACACCAACUCCUGUCCGAGUAUCCCUCUGAGCGUGGCUUCGAACUGAUUGAGGACUUGAGAAGUAGAAUCACUAAAAUGCACAUGGAUGCAAUGAGUCCCGUUGAGAGCAGCAGCUCCUGUCUCAGCUCAGACAAUCAGCUAAGCGACAGCUACGAGUCCGACUACAUCGCUUCACGUGAUAGACUCCGUCUCUCACCAACGGACCAUGAAACCGCUUGGACACGUCCCAGUGAUACGGAUUUGCUCACCAUGAAGAUCAUCGUGGACUCGCUCACUGUGAGUGACGAGAUGGAUCUGAAGAGGAAUUUGACAAACCUACAGAUCAAACUAUGUGACUAUCCCAUCGAGUAUUUCCUCCAACCACCAAAUGUCUACCUCAGGUUGAUUCACAUUCAGCAGAAGCAUUCUGGCGACGUUUUGCAACACAUAAACCGCGUGCUGUUCGCCUUCCUCAAGCAGCUACAGCAGCGACACAGGGUACGUAGCAAGAUACUUAGCUACUCGGCUCCCAUUGAAGCGCCAAAGAAUCGACAAGGAAUGCCAGAUCAGCUGCGAUUUAGCAAGGCGCUGACGGUGCUGUUGUAUGGCAGUUUUAAGCAGGUUGGAUCCCCUACCUUGGAGCAUUGUGUGGACAAUUGGCACUGUUUUGAGCUAAUCGAUGAGACUAUACAGACAAUGAAUGAUUUGAGCGUACGUGUGCCUGAUUAUAUAGUAGAAAAAAUGGGCAUUAUGGUGGCCAAGCUGCUUAUUUAUUUACGAGACAUGAAGAUGCCAAAGAACGGCGACGUGUCCAGCUUAGUCAAGCGCAUGAUGAUACCUAGACUGGAAUCGCUUAUUCUUAACGAGCUGCUGAUUGAUGUGAUUGGCAUUAAUGUGGAUCAUAAUCCGAAAAUGAACAAAGCUGCUGCGUAUGCACUUCUACAUGCCAUUCUUACGGAUGACGUCUACUUGAUAUGCUUUCCAGACUUUGUGGAAGUGUUGGAGAAUCUUUCAAAAUCACUGAACAUCGAUGUCAAAACCCUCAAGAACCAGAUGUAUCGCCUCAAGGUUGCUUACAGCACCGCAGUGAAUCAACUAGUGGAGACAACCAAAAUACCGCCUUUACAACUGCUGCGUAAACAGGGCAUGGUUUGUCUCGUGCUUAAUCAAAUGGGUAGCGAGACGCUGCUGCGCCAACUAGUCGAAGCGCUAAUCAAGUGCACUCCAUGCUAUGGUCAACAGCGUGAGCUGCGCCAGGACGCCGAGAGUCUGCUAAGCACGUUUUUCAAUCUGCCCAAUGAACAGAUGCGCGGCCAAGUUUUGCGUCUGCUGAAGCAGCCAGUUGUGGAUCACUUUCAUGCCUUCUUAAACCACACAAACUAUAUGGCGGGCUGCAAUAAUAUCGAGCUGGCCCGUCAGCAUAUACUUGGCUUGCCUAUGAGCCCUGAGUUGGUGCGCCAACUCUUGGUCCAGGGCUGGAUGCCAAACAAGAAUGCCCAGGGUGGCCAGGAGCAGCUGCAACAGUGGUGCGUUGAUUAUCUGAUUAUGAUAAUGGGACUCGCCAAGCUCAUUGGCAACCGUGACUUUGUCGAAGUCUUCGAAAUGGUGGUGACCCAGUUGCCUCUAAUGAUUUGCCGGGGUGUCAACUAUCCGCAGCUACAGCAGAACAUCUGGAAUCUGAUGGAUCCGGACAAGCGUUAUGUGGAUCCCAGUGUGGCAUUGCGUGCCAAUGCCUGCUACUUGUUCCAUCCGGAUGCCAAGCUCCGCAAGGAGGCCAUCAGUCGUGUCGCCUAUGUGCUGAUGCGCCAUGAUUCGCAGAAUCACAAAUACCGAACCAUUAUGGACCAACUAACACUCGACUUGAUUGGCCAUGAUCUGUGCGUGGUACGGCCGCCCAUUGACUACGCCACGCUGUUCAAUGAAAGAAGACUGUCUGACGAGCGUAAUCUGCUUGCGCUGCAGCGACUACUGGAGACACCCGACUUGAAGCCAGCCAUACGCAAAUCGACGCUCGUCCAGCUAAAUGUCCUCCUGCAUAACAGGGAGGCCGUGAAAGCGUUCACCAACAACGAAAGGUCCUGUCUGCUCUGCUUGAAUGCUUUGCGCGAUCCGCUGCUGGGCAAGCGGCAGCCCGAUGCCAUGGACAUGGAAAUAUUGAUGCCAGCGACGAGCAUCUUGAUGCGCAUGCUCUUUUGCAGCGCACACACUCGGAUAAAGCUCAAGGAUAACGAGGAAAUACUGAUGUGUCUGCUGCGCUGUCUCUUUCUUAUGCCCCACAAUGAGCAAUUGCGCGCCGAACUGAGCUGCUGCAUUUUCCAGCUACUCUACGAAGACCACUUGAUGCCCACCGAAAGCACGCUAUUCAUGAACGUAAAUCUGUCGCCCUUGAUGGUACCAGUGUGCUACCAAGUGGAUCAUGCUGUGCCGCCCACAGCCACCACUGAAGGCACUGCACUGCAGAAUAAUUUGCUGGCCAAGCAUUUUCAGGGCAAUAAGGAGCUGGCCGCUCAGCAUUGGCGUCUCUACAUCGCGCACUGGAUUUGCGAAUCCGCCGAGAGCAUGGAAGUCGCUGCAGUGCAAAAACUGGACAUUGAUGAUUCGCUGAAAUUAACGCCCAAAGAUAUGGCAUUGGUGCAAGCGACGCUCGUCCAUGAGCAACUGCGGCAGCAGCUGCUGCAAGCAAACAAUUGCAGUAGCCACCAGAAGUUGCUGCAUCAUGUGGCCAGUCUGCAGCUGUUUCUAGUGCUCUUACACAACAAUAUACCACAACAAGAGGACGAGGCUUUGUGGUCACUGCUACACAGAUUUCUGCCAACCUCGCCGGGCAAUCAACUGGAUCACACGGUCUACUUUGCUUUGCUGGAACUGUGCUCCAGGUGUUUACAAUAUCGCUUGCCCGCUGUGUUGACUGGAUUGAACACAGCCCUGGAGACAGAUGCACAUCACAGCUUCUUUAUCGUGCUGCGCGAUUUGCAGGUGAACUUGCCAUUGCUCCAACUGGUCACUGGAUGCCUGGUGCAAUUGCUUCACGCAGGCGACGGCGCUGAAGUGUACGACUGGCAUGGCAGGCUCUUCAUGGAGCUGAGCAAGCUGGCGCGCAGUCAUUUUGAGGAGCGACGCCUGCAGCAUGUGCGAAGCUUGCUUACUGUGUUGCGCCAUCUGAGUGCGCGUCAGCUAAACAUGGAGGACAUCAAGCUGCAGGCUCACUACCAGCAUUUUGUCCAACUGUCAAGCAAUCUGCGCACCUCGACCCAGACUGGCGCUCAAUGGCAACGGGACUGUUUGCUCAUCAUGUGCCAGUUGCAGGCUCAAGCCCAAUGUCCAGCUGUCGUUGCCAUCUCCACGGGUCAUGGGACCAAGGUAUUCCGUUAUCUUCUUGGACUCUGUGGUCAUUGCGAUGCCGAGGUGCGGACUCUAGCCUGGGUGACGAUGGCCAAUUGGCUGAAGAGCAGCGACCUCAACAUGGCCAAUAUACUGCUCGAAUUUUUGGACUUUCUGCCCGGCGGACUGGGCGCCUGUUGUCUGUCGACUAUGUUAGAUGGCCACGAACAGAUCUUAGUGCGCGAAAUGGCCGGACGUGUCUUUGAGCGCCUAAUGCCGCAUCAGGGAAGCGCCGCUUGCGUGGAACUGCUCAGCAAAUAUGCUUUCCUGCAAGAGGCACACAAGGCACUGGCCACAUUGGAGAUUUCGCCGCAAAUAGCCGAUAAUGUGGACGGUGUGAAAAAUUCGUGCGAGAUCAUUGGCUGCUUUGUUAGCAUACUCAUCAAACUGGUGCAGCUGCAGCCCAGCUGGUGCACCACGCUCUGCGAACAUGCUUUUUUCCAUGCCCUCAGCGAUGUGAUGAAGCUGAAUGUGAUGCAAAUGCAGCCACGAAAUACCCGCUACUCGAAAGCUUAUAUGGAGCUGUGCGCUGGUCAAAUCUGUAAGCUCUACGCACUCUGUUAUCAGCACAACUUUGAGUUUCUGCAGCGCAGCAUUUGUCGGGACACAGUGCUGCUGAAGAGCUUCUUUGCGCUGAUGCAUGCGCUGCACAAUCAAAGGGUGGUGCAUGAGAGGCUGUUGGAAAAUAUGCUGAAACUCAUGAUGGUAUUCUGCAAAGAUGGCAACUCCUAUCGUGUGCUUUACGACCAUUUAAAGCUGCAUCCGGAACUGCUAAUGGACGGACUGAUGCAUGGCUGCAGUUUGGUCCUUUUUCUUCGUCCGGUGCAGCGCUAUGCCUUUACCAUGUUCUCAUUGCUGCUGACUAAGAUGCAGUACGAGCCCAAAGAUGACAAUCUGCUGCGUCAGCUGGAGACAUAUUCGGAGGUUAUUGACCUUGAUGAGAGCAAGGACGAAAAUGCCAAUGUCGAUGUGACGGAUAGCGACGACAACGAGAACAACAACGACGAGAACGACGAUAGCGAGGAAGUGAUCUGCAAGCGACUCAAGAUAAUGAACCUGAGGCCGAUAAACACAACGAACAAAAAAGGCAACAGGUCGAAAAAGCCAUCAGAUUCUGCCAAACACACAGAGCUUAGCAAUUGUGUCGGUCUGCUCUUUUACACCUUUAACAAUCUGUUUGAGAUGCAUUUUCCGGCAAAGACGUACAGCUUCCUGCAAGCUCCCAGCCGUAAUCACAUACAGCUCUGUGAACUGAUGGGAAAUCUGCUGAAACUGUCGCCAUUUCUUAUGGAAGCCGCUCGUAAUGUCAAGCUACUGGAUCGCAUCAUCCAGCUGAUGGAGUCAUUCCUUGACGAUACUAGUGUGGGCAAUGCCUCGGCCUAUGUGCGCCGCGUGGGCGCUCACAAGACACGUGAGAUUCUUGGCAAUUUGAUGCUGAUUUGUAACAUGCUGAUGCACUGGCACAGCUCUUCGCAUUCCGUCAUCACGGACACCGUCAUGGCGAACAGAAUUGUGCGCGUCAUUUUAAGGUUGUGGCCCUGGCUAUCGCAUUCGGGCAUGCUCAAACACUUCAUUUUGUGUUGGGCUGGUCAUCUCACCGAGCACUCCUUUGAAAUGUGCAAACAAGCUUCAUUGGUGCUGUCCAACCAAUCGCAUUCACUGCUCCAGAUGAUGAUGCGCGUUGCCGAUCAUGAGACGACCAAAAAGGAUAAGACUUCAACCAAACCGAAUCCAUUCUGCGUGCUAGAGACAACUGCGAAUUCCUUUGUGGAGGCCGCACUCCGAGUCAUGAUCAAUUGCUGCUCCUGCACCGAGGGACGCCUCAGUCUGUCCAAGAUGCGUGUGCUGGACAUGUUCGAUACGAUUCUGCCGGCCAGCCAGAGUCUACAGAACAAAGUGCGACAAGAGGCUUUGCUCAGUUGGCUAAACUUUUGGGAAAUCUACUCCCGAUACGACGCUGGCAACAAGGUCUGCCACAUGGCGGCACUGCUUGAUGCCGUGCGUCGCUCGCAGCCACUCGGCAGCAAGCGCGUGACGUGCUUGCGUAUUCUACGCAACAUGUGCUUUGCCAACAGCAACAGGACGCAGCUCAUCGGUUAUCACGAGUUUCAGGACUUGAUGCAUAGCAUCCUCCUGCAGCCGGUGGCGAUCGGUGGUGGCGGUGAUGCUAGUUUGAACUCAUAUGAAGAGCACUGUCUGGUCAUUCUGUGCCUCUGGAAACUAUUUGGCUUCACUGCUAAGCAUCGAGCUCUACUGCGCAGUUCCAAAAUGUUUAAACAGAUCGAUAAACUUAAAAAUCAAUUGACGAUCUUGGAGUCAGAGAACCUUAAACGCUUUGAAAGCUUUCCCUUUGCCAAAGAUACGAGCGAUAUGUUAGGAAAUCUCUAUCAGGCCGUACAAAUAUAGUCUUAGCCCAAUAGAUAAGGGCAUUUAAUGUUUAAAUAGGAAGAUAAAGAACUGAAACACUGGCAUGAGAUUCGAUAUUUAUUUUUAAAUUAAACAUGACCGUUCUCCUUUCCAUUUUUAAAAAAAAAUAGUCUACCUACAAGUCAACAAAAAGUACUUAAUAACAUUGAAUAUAAUUCUCAUGUCAAAAAGCAAUCUAUAGUAUUAUAAGCAUAUUCCUAAAAAGAAACCAGAACUGAUUGCAUUCCCUGUAUGACUUAAAAAACAAGUUAAAAAUUAAUGUUCUUUUUUUUUAGUGUAGUAGAAAAUCAAAUUAAUUUAUGCAAAACAAAGUGAUCCAUUUAAAAAGUGGGGAGCUUUGAGAUUCAACAUUACUUAUUUUCUUUUUAAGAUUUAUGUGUUAUUAGGAAUUAAAGUGUUCAUUUCAAAGAUUCGACAUCGGAUUGUCUAAGAAUUUAUGUUUAUACUUAAUUUUACUAACUUGCAUUUAUAUUAUUCAUACCCAUUAAAAAUUUGUCAUUGUCAUAAAAAUAAU